ACUGAGUGGUGCCCGGACAACGGGGCGCGUGAUAUACCAGUAUGUACCACAUAAAUAAGUGAAGUGCAACCGAGCAUCAUGUUCUGGGUAUGGAAGAAGUCCCGCCUCACGGACACAGCUGUCGCCUUCUUCAACUCUAUCAAUAACAACCAUACUGGAGCCUCCGCAGGAGGAAGUAAGAAGACAGGCUACAACAAACUGGCUGCGGGGGACGACAGCACUGCGGCUGACACCAAUAAUGCUAACCUGAACCAGACCAAUAUGACUACACGAGGAAGAGGAAGUAAGAAGACAGGCUACAACAAACUGGCUGCGGGGGACGACAGCACUGCAGCCGACACCAAUAAUGCCAACCUGAACCAGACCAAUAUGACUACACCUUUGACCUCGGAGACCGGGGAGACCUCCGAGUCCAGUAGUGCCUCUGACUUUGAGCUGGAGGACGACGAGUUUUCUGAUGACACCGACUGUGAUGAGGCCCUGACCUGUAAUGUGUGUGACCGAAGCUUCAGCACGUCUCGCCUACUCUCUCAACACCAGCAGAAAAAACGACAUUUUGGUUGUUCCGCGUGUGACAGCCUGUUCCAAACACUGAUGGCUCUGGAACACCACAAAGAAGAGUUCGAACACUGGUCCGGGGACGAGACAAUGCUGGUGCACCACAAAAACUCUGAGGACUCCAGCGAAGAAACGAGCGAGGAGAUGGAGAGGCUUCUGUGAAUGAAUGUUUUCAUUUCUAGUAAUUGCGCUUGUUUUAAGAGCUCUACGUUGCAAAUGUGUAUUUCAAUAUAUUCUAUUACUGUCUAGAAGAAGUGGUCCAAUAACAAUAACACUAGAUAAUAUUACAUAAUGGUCAAACAUAUCUCUUUUAUUUUUACCGUUUCUAAAUUUAUUUAAAUUUUAACCAAAAAAUCCUGUAUUGCUGUUUUUUUUAAAUGCUCUAAAAUUAGCAUAUAACACAAUGCAGCAAUCUAUAUAUUAUGAUUGAUUCAAUCAAAUUUGUUUUUUAUAUCCAACUUGACGGAAGUUUAGGAGAUCCAGUCCACUCUAAAAAACAUGGAAUCAAAGUUUAUUUAUAAUCGUUAUUAUUGUUUUGAACUUUAAUAUUCUUAUGUGAGUCGUAGCAAGAAAUAAGAACAACAUUUGCUUUAAGUAUAGUGGAAACAAAAGAGUGAUAUAUUGUAGUUUUAAUAAACAAAAAUAUUGGAGCUUUCAACUCAAAGGAAUAUGAUAUUUUAGUAAUGUAGAUUGGAUAUAUUUUGUACGUGCGUAGAUUAGGCAGCGGCAAUGCAUGUCGUGAGUGUUAUUUUGUGUAUUAAUUUGUCAAAUCAAUGGUAGGUCAGUUUUUACCUUGUUUUUGCCGUUUUCAACAUGAUCAUAUUAAGUGCGUCAUGUAUAUUCUGGAAACUAUGCAAUCUUGUACAUAUUGUUCUUAAUCUGUCGUCUAUACAAUCAAGUUAUGUAUAUUCGUUAUUAAAAUAGCGUGUUCAUGUAUAGAUGUAUAAGUUAUCUUUAUAAGUCGUAGGAGCGUUUUAACAUGCAGUUUCAAGACAUGAAAGGCCACUAGCAUUGCUUUUUUAUAAUUCUUUAUAAAUCAUAACAUGUUCAUCGUCCAACCUAGAACAACGUUUCAUUACAAAAAUUCAAAAUCAUUUGUUCAAAUAAUACAUUUUCAAAUUACCAAUGUGGUUGAACUAAUCAUAUUUAUUACAAAAAUGGUUCAUUUAAAGUGUAGUCAUAAACAUCUAUUGAAAACCUAUCUUUAUCAAAAGCGUAUAUAGAAACAGCAACUAAUACUUUGAAAAAUUGCAGGCAUCUAUCAUUAAACGUUGUUUUUUUUUCUUACGAUACAAUGUAUGUAAGUAUUUUACUUAGUAUAUGUUUUGUAUACUCUAGUAAUUUACACUUUUAUGUUCGAAAAACUAUCUUAAAACAGGUUUUGUUAAAAUGUUAUAAACUUCUGUAAUAAACAUUUAAGUUAUUAAAAAUACACUUGGAAAAAGCACGCUUUGCUACUGUUACGAAAUAACGUUGACACUAAAUAAAAGUCAAUAUAUUCAUCUUUAGUACUGGGUACAAAUAUUUUUCACCGAAUAAAAAUCAGUAUAAAACCGAACAUUUUUCAACUACUUUUUUGUGACAUAUCAAAUGUAUAUACUUAGUCUUACUAUUUUAAUCAGUAUCUUACAAUUAUAUUAAAUUAAUUUAAGUUUAUAAUAAGUUGGAAGACUACUUGUGGUAGUGUGUUUCAUGUAUUAAAUUAUUAGUCAUGGAACAGACUAUAAUUGAUCAUAUGUGAUCUAAGUAAGACCCGUUAACAACUGUUUACUGGAAAAUGACUUCUCAUAAUAAGGUCGACAUAUUUCAUUAGUUUAAUAAUAUGAAGGUUUAGACACGGUGUGGACGAGAUAACGUGCAUGAUAGCGGUGACGUACACGAUAGCAACAACGUAUUUUACAGUCGUAACACGAACUGCUGUAACAAAGAACCAAUAUUACAAUAUCAGGUACAUUUUUAUAACAUGAAUGUCACACGUACCAAUUACAAAAAUUGAAAAUCUAAAAACCAAUUUUUAUUCAUUAUUAAUAAUUAUCCAUAUAGUAUAUUUUACAGUAUGGUUGUAUUGAUUUAUUGUGAAACAUAAAUUAUGUAUUAAUUUUAUUACAGAAUCAGUUUGUUUGUUAAUAAACUCGUACCUACAUUCAUAUAUACAAUUUGAGUGUUUCUAAUUAAAAUUAUAAACCAAAAUGUAGGCUAACAUUUAAAAAUACAUCUCUUCCCUCUCAUGUAAUAUAUUUUAAAAUGUAUAGUAUGAUGUUAGAAUUUUAAGUUUUUAACAUAACAAAUGCUAUAUUAAUGUUUUACAAUGGAUCGUAAACGUAAGUGAAACCGUAUAAUUUUUAAGUUGCGUUUAAGUUACAUACUUAUUCCACUCUGUAUAAUUGUCUCGAGUUUGACUUAUCUAGGGUAAUUCGUAUUUGAUGUUACCGUUACUUUACUAAUGAUAUAGGUGCUGUAUUUAAUACUCAUACUUCAUGAUAAAUCCAUUCCUAAACUCAUUGGAACCAAUUUCCCCUAGUAACAUCCCAUAUCAAGUUGUAUAAAGAACAAUUGUACUAGUAUCGUCUUAAGUGUCCUUAGAUGUGUUAUUAUCUACAUUACACAAGAACCAUCCACAAUGUAACCAUCACUUAUUCCUUAUACGGCCUAAGAUACCCUAAUAUACCCCCUUAAAUCUUUUACUUUUACUAUAUAUCAACUGAUCUCACGGUAAUUGAUCUGGUGAUCAUUAAUGAAGAGCUGAUCACGUUACGUAGCUGGCAGCAAAAACAUGGGUUUGAACAAAAUUCCAAAAAUUCUUAACCUGGGGAUCAACGGCUUAAAGUGACUUCCGAACCACCACCAAUGGCCGGGCAGGCGGACUGCUUGCAAGGACAGGAUCGCUCAGCGGCCACCCAUCCAAGCAGCAGCCACGCUCGACGUUGUUCAAUUCAGUUAUCUUGUGAUAGCCGCCGUACCCGCCUACGCUGCGCCAUUGGUAACAGUUUAGGAUUUAGUACGGUCAAUUAGUUCCAUAGCAGGAAAAUUCAGCUGAGAUAAUGAGGCUUGCUAAAUUCUGCAUAAACAACGCUAAUAGAAUUCCUCGGUAAAAUAUUUUUUUCGCAUAUACAUAUAGUCAGCUCUCUCUAAAACGUAUUAGAAGAAAUAGUUUUAACUGGACCGAAACAACUGUAAGUGUCUCGUUUCAGAUACUUUAACUAAAAAUAAUUGUCUUUUUUUUACUUAAAUUUGUUUUCAAGUCAGUAUUAACUAACUGCUUUUGGCUGUAGUACUUCCCCUACACAAAUUACCACAUACUAUGCAGUACACAUAGACAAAUACAUUUUAGUGAAGUUAUUUUUGAAAUAAACAUAGUUUGUCAGAAUAAAAUCAACAGUCAUAAAAUAAUAUAUCAGUGCAUUUUAGUAGGUGACAAUUAUAGGUAAACUAAUGACAAAAAAUUGUAGACGUGUCAGUACAGGUUGGGAAAAAAAUAUAAUGUUAAUGUACCACAUUCUUUUGUAUGUAUUGUACGUGAAAGUUAAGGAAUGUUAAAAAACAUAAUAGUCAUUUUUAAAAUUUUAAUACGUCUCAAACACAGUUUUAAAAUUAAAAACUACACUCUAAUAAAAACAAAAAAUCUUAUCGCUUCAAAAAAGGCACUGAAAUAAGGUGUCCUUUACGAUGAGGCUCUCCCACCUUUCUUCUACGAUAAAAUUCCACGUGAUGUUUCCAUCUCGUUCACUUUCUCAGUUCUGGGCUAAUCAGAAGAUAAAUUAAAUUGACACUCCAUACAUCUUGAACGAUAUUAUAUGUUAAUUGUUGUCUAGCUUAUGCAUGCAUUAAUAAUAUUUUAUAAAAUGUUAUAUCAUGUAUUGCAGUUCAAACUGUGGAUUUUACACUAUUUCCAUUCCAUUCAGACAAUGGUCUGUUUUUAAACUGAUGCUUUAACAAAAGCACUUAUUUUUAUACGGUGUUAUGAGCCAAAUUGCUAAAUUAGGCACAGGCUUUGGUUGUAUAAGCCAUAUAUUAGGCCAGUUUUUAUAUCAGAUUUUCUAGACAAUGUCAAAACUACAAUCUAAAUACUUUUUUUGAGUAUAAGAUUCUUACGCCAUUAUUUACCAGCACUAACAAUGAAUAAUGUUUAGUAAGUUGGGAAUAUACGUUAUUAUCAAACAAUUGAUAGUUUUUUUCUAAACUUUGUUUCCAUUACCGAAAACCAAUUUUUCAAACUAAAGAUUCAGACCCUCCAGGAGGGUUCACUUCUUGCUGGAUUCUACCGUCUAGUUGACCCACUGGACACAGCAAAAACCGAUGUUUCACUUAAAUAUGUGCAACCUUAUUGAUGUCCAAGAGCGGCACUUCACUAACAGCAAAUGUCGAGAUUAUGAAGUGCAAGGGUAUUUCGAAAUGUCUAGUCUGCUGCGGGAGAUGACUGUUGGAGUUGGUGGGAUUCGUUCCCUAAGAGUCAAAAGUUCUUGCUAGCCUAUACAUAAGGUCGUGCCAUUCCCUGCCUGCUUUGACUAGAAAGGCUGAUUCAGAGCAUUAUAAUUCUGUCUUCCCGUUCUUCUGAGUGGGAGAUAAGUGGCCUAAAUUCUUCCUCAUGGAUCUCGAAAGGAGGGAGCCCCUACCUAUCCAGAAUAUCCUGUCACCCCGAAAGUAGCGCAAAAAUCCUUAUAGGAGUACGUACAAUUUUCUAUAGCUUGUUGUCCUAAGAGAAGAAUUAUAAAUCUUCAAAAAUUAUUUUUUUGGGUUUUUUUCAGUUUUAGGCAAGGCAAACAUUUUGAAGGUCUGCAAGCAUUUCAAAAUUGAAAGCCAAUAAACAGUAAAAAUUUUAGCACUCAAUUUGCUAAUGCACACACAAAAAUGAAAUGUUUGGGCGACAAAUCUACAAGGGAACUCAAAACCAAUUCUUGACAUAACUCAUACAGCUAUUAUGUUAUUUUCUCCCCCAUGUACCUUUUAAUUAGACUAAGUAAAACAAUUUUACGAUGGUUUAAUUCCAUAAAUAUAAGUUUACUUAGGAGUCUCAAAAUUUAUAAAUCCUGCACCAUCCAAAAAGAGUAAUGAACCGUUAAUACAUACUUUGUCUUAAUGAUGAUACUCGAAGUCUGUGAACAGACAGAUGGUUGGAUGUAGACCGAUUGUUUUACCACUGAUUGCAAAGCCUGGAACUCAGGAGGCCUUGCUUCGUUAAUGCAAAUACAAGAAUAAAAAUUAUAGUGACCCUUUAUUUUCCUUUAACAUAGUGAAAUAAACAAAAAUACAGUUAUAAGCUUCUAGUAAUAAUAUCAAUUACUAUCAUACAAUAUAGUAAAUCUUAAAAAAUAAUAAAAUUCUAUGAAGACUGUAAAGUUUCUUUAAUAUUUAAGGAUAUAUGGUAUGAUAAAGGUGUGUGAUUAUGAUACGCUACUCUUCUAUAUUAUAUUCAAAACCAUAACGAGUUUGUUCUUUAACUGUUUUACAAAUUAAGUAAAUUUGUUCCAAUAACCCCCCCCCCCCCAGUUCCAAACAUAUCACCCGUCCUGCCGGUUGUUUACAGACAAUAUUUACAUAAUUUAUCUGCAUUUCCAUUGUUUAUAAAAUCAGAAGUGUUUCCUAUAUUGAUGUAAAUAUAUAUACGUUAAUAAAAAAGUUUGAAA